CUGACACCCCUCCAUCGUCAGACGAACAUGUUCACCUCUGUGCUCCGGACCCCGCUCUCGUACGCCAAGGCCACCGCUGCCGUGGCUGCGCCGUCGCCGCUCGCCCAGGCUGCUGAUGUCGGUGCCCUCAUCUCGGCUGCCGAGUCCAAGGCGCCGCGUUUUUUGGCUGCUGCCGCCACCGAGGCUGUUAAGGAGGGUCCCAUGGGCAAGAUUGUCCCCUUCUCGGCCAAGUACUUUGUCGCCUGCUCCAUUGGCGGCAUCCUUUCGUGCGGUCUCACCCACACGGCCAUCACGCCGCUUGACCUUGUCAAGUGCAACAUGCAGGCCAACCCGGAGAAGUACACCGGUAUCGUUCAGGGCUUCCGCGUGUUCCUGAAGGAGAAGGCCUCGCUCUCGCGUGGCUGGGCACCGACGCUGCUCGGCUACUCGGCCCAGGGUCUGCACAAGUUCGGCCUCUACGAGCUGUUCAAGCACUACUACGGCCAGGCCAUCGGUGAGGAGAACGCGUCCCAGUACAAGUCGCUCCUCUACUGCGCUGCCUCCGGUUCGGCCGAGUUCUUCGCCGACAUUGCGCUCUGCCCGUUCGAGGCCGUCAAGGUCCGCGUCCAGACCGACCCGACCUUUGCCAACGGCCUCAUGGACGGCAUGCCCAAGAUUGUCCAGGCCGAGGGCAUCAACGGCCUCUUCAAGGGUCUCGUCCCGCUCUGGGCCCGCCAGAUCCCGUACACCAUCAUCAAGUUCGUCGCCUUUGAGAAGGUUGUCUCGCUCAUCUACGCCGCCCUCCCUGGCGAGAAGGCCGACUACUCGUACAACGAGCAGCUGGGCAUCACCUUCCUGGCCGGUUACAUCGCUGGUGUCUUCUGCGCCAUCGUCUCGCACCCUGCCGACACCAUGGUCUCCAAGCUCAACAAGGUCGCCUCGGCUGAGGGCGAGGGCAUGGGCGCUGCCAUGUCGAAGAUCUACGCCGACAUCGGCUUUGCCGGCCUCUGGCGUGGCCUCGUUGCUCGUGUCUUCAUGAUCGGUACCCUCACUGGCCUCCAGUGGUGGAUCUACGACUCGUUCAAGGUCUUCGUCGGCCUCCCGACCACCGGCUCGGUCGAGAAGAAGAAGGAGAACUAACUUUGCUGCCGCAUGCAGCUCAGGUAAACGGAUUUUCGUACCAUCA